UUCGGAGACAUCACAAACAUUUUUUUCCCCUAAAUCUGGAUUCGUGAUCAAGCACGUCAUGUGUGAAACGAAGCUCUUUCGAACUUUAGCAAAUGAACAGACAGAAACGUUAACUCAGAAGUGCCAAGAAUGGGGUAAUUUGCAGGAUAAUCGGAAUAUCAGUGAGGAUAUCGUUGGCCAAAUACGUUCUGUUAUUGGUUCAACCCGAUUACUGAUCAAUGACAAGAUACAAUUUUUUCACAAGUUAUUGGACAUGGCUGACAACACAGAUAGCGAAAGAAGAAUUACGCCCGAAGAUCUGCAGGCGUACUGGGAUUUAAUCGUAAUUGAGGGUUUUUGGAGUAAUGAGGUGGGGUCAGUAGUGCAGUAGCGGUGCUUAUCAUGGAGCUUCCAGUGCAUCUGCCAACUUAUUUCCAAGAUCUAAAUUCUCCAAAGCAAUUAUUACAAUCCUUAUGAGUCCUUGAAAGGGUUAGGGCCUCACACAUGACCAACAGGUUGUAGCAGACUUUCGCAAGCUGUACUGCUGCAAGCCAGUCAUUCAACUUGACCCCACUACACAUGUGCAAUUUGCUAAGCAAUUUUAACAAGUAUUAUGAAUGCCUCUUUGUUAAGAAGUUCUGCUAUGGGAAAUUAAUUAUUUUUAGCUGCAGUGGCAGUUUAUCUCCUUACCCCCACAAAUACUUGCAAAAAAUGAAUUAAAAAACUGGGAAUUGUAAUUUAUUAAACUUAUU